CGUUCUUUCACAACAGUGUCGUCGUACCUUUACAUGCUGCCACCAUUAGUUGCUGUAAAGGAACGCGAGCCGACGGCCCCGCGGCCAGUCGCAGUCGCAGUCGUGACGGCCCCGUUAGGCUCAAUUCAUCAAGUUUGCCAUCAACAAGAGAAGCAGCAGCCGCAGCAGUAGCCGAAGCAGCCGAAGCAGCCGCAGCAGUAGCAGCAGCAGCAGCGGUAGGCGAAACACGGAGGCUGGACCGCCCUCAGGAGGUCCCGGAUGAUUGUGGUGCAUCCUGUAUGUGGGAGGGAAUUAAGAAGAAUGCCAAUAUGGCUCAGUAUACCCAUGUAAAAGCACUGCAGCUGCCCCAGAGGUCGUGUCGAAAACUGGGUCUAAUCGAGGUGGCAAUGAUGGUGAUGCGUAUUGAGAUAAAAACUAUAGAAUUCUGGCGGGCAGUUAUUAGUGAGUGUUUAGGUACCUUUCUUUACGUUUUGCUUGGAUGUAGUUCAAUGUUGUAUUGUAACGACGGAAGUUCGAUUUUGACCGGCCGCGUACAGGCCGCUGUGGACAACGACAUGAGGGUCGACUCCUCAGGAAUUCAUUCGGCCGGCGACCAUCGAACGGUCGAGGAUCGCGGCGUAAAUUUUGGAGGCAGUUCGGACGCACAAGCUUAUCUAAUCAUCGCACUCUCUUUCGGCUUGAUUAUGGCCACGCUAGUCCAGUGUUUUGGACACAUAUCCGGAGCCCAUUUUAACCCUGUUACCACAGUUGCUAUGGCUCUCACUUGCAAGAUCACACCUCUUCGUGGAUUUUUCUAUGCAGUUGCGCAACUUGGAGGCGGCAUUGCUGGAGCAGCACUUUUAUACGGGUGAGUACAGGAUUUACUAACGAAUCUUGACACAACUGAGUUCUCGAUACGGCACCGCAAGUA